AUGGGUUCGUUCAUGACCAAGAUGAUGUAUGUGCUGGACUCGUUCUCGAGCAAACGCCGCCGCAUCAUCAUGCUUGGCUUGGACGCGGCGGGGAAAACCACCAUUUUGUACAAGCUCAAGCUCAACGAAACAGUGCACACCGUGCCCACGAUUGGGUUCAACGUGGAAACGUUCAAAUACAAAAAUGUUGAGUUCACGGCAUGGGACAUUGGAGGACAAGACAAGCUUCGACCGCUCUGGAAAUACUACUACCAGAACACGGAUGCGGUCAUAUUCGUCGUCGACGCGAACGACACCCAUCGCGUCCAUCUAGCGUCCGACGAACUUCACCGAAUGUUUGGCGAAGACGAGCUUCGGGAUUCCAAGUUGCUCGUGUACGCCAACAAACAAGACUUGCCCAACGCCAUGCCGACUACGGACAUCGUGGCCAAAAUGAACUUCCGUGACCAAAAACCCAUGGUUCAUCCAAUCUUGCUCAGCCGUCACGAACGAUGGAUUGACGUCCUUGAUCGACUCUCUGGGAAAGCCACACCUCGCAAGAUUUACAUCGUCGGUCUCGCCAACGCAGGCAAGACAUCGAUCUUGUACCACUUUAGAUACCACGAAGCCGAGCCGACCGUUCCCACGAUUGGAUUCAACGUCGAGACAUUCAAGUACCAAACCGUCGUAUUCACGGCGUGGGAUUUUAGCGGUCGCGAGCAACUCCGUCCUUUGUGGCGCUACUACUUCGACAACACCACCGCAGUCAUCUUUGUCGUGGACUCGACGAGUAACGUGCUCUUGCAAGAAGCAGCGGAAGUUCUGCACGGGCUAUUUCAAGUGGAAGAGUUGCAUGACACUCCGUUCCUGGUGUACCUGAACAAGCAAGACGCACCGAAUUGCCUGAGUGUGGACGCACUCACCGAUGGCCUGCGACUUAGUUCUGUUGUGUCGCACCGAUGGCAUGUGCAGCCAUGCUCAGCCUAUUCGGGCGAUGGUUUGUACGAAGGAAUGGAUUGGGUGUGUCGAGUGGUGGCGUAG